AGAGGAAGAAAGAGAAUAGGAGAGUAGCAUUUCUUAUUUUGUACCCCGAUGACUUCUGAAGUGGUCGAGAAAUUCAUCAACGUCACUGUUAACACCAUCGAGAAUAUUGUCAAGAGAGAACCAAUCUCCAUCAAGAUUCUCAUUCAGCACGAUGGAACUCUCAUUGGAGAAAGCGAUCCGAUCAAAAUUGAACCGGAUUUCCGGGAUCCGCCAAUCAUUCAUCGCAUCGAUUUUUCUACAAGUUUCCGAAUCGCUGUCACCGAUCGGAGAAAUAUCGAUUCAGUCGUCUCCUCUCCUCUCAUAGUUCGAGUUAUUGAGAGCGAGGGUGAUGCAGAACUCAAAUCCAUUUCGUCGGCUGCCGGUGACAGUAGGAAAAGGGAAACACAAAAAUUGGGAAAAAAAUCCUCUGCAAGCUCGAAUAGAGAAAGAAAAACCAUUGGAAUUUGCAAUGUCGAUAUGAUACCAGUGAUUUUGGGGGAGAAGAAUGUCGCGGAAAAGCUUAUAGUCGAAGAACCAAAACAGCAUACCAGUAGCGGAGGAACUUCGUGGUUGAAUCUACCAGUUUUAACGAUAUCGCUUUCACAGAACGACACGAAUUUUUUGCCUCCCGAAUGGCAAGUGAAUUGUUUCAGCGUUACUUUGGAAAGUAUGCACAAUUUGCCAGCAUCUUUCACCGAAAACUGCGACUAUAAAGCAGCAACGAUGAUCUACGUCGAUGAUGAGGAAAUUGAAGUUGUACUCUUCGAUGACGGAAAAUUUUCAAAAUAUCGUGACGUCGAAUUAACUAAAAGAUGGAAUACUCUGAGCAAGUUGGAGGGUCGUGGUAGGUUGUCGAAAUACAAAAUUGAUAGUGAUUAUGGGAAUACGAACAAUCCACUUAAGAAUAUCGAUUUAAAGAGCAUAGUCGAAAAAGACAGUCAUAGAAUUGAAUGGAAUUAUAUGAGUCGUCACAUUUUGUUGGACCCUGGUCAAAACGCCAUGAAAAGCCAUCUCGAAAAGUACCGAUAUUGGCCAUUGCAACUGAGAAUAACGAGCAACGUAACCGAGAAUGGGAAGACAAAGUCAAAAAUCCCAAAAUCUCAAUUCUAUCAGUGUUAUGUCGAUCUUUCGGAACUUUUAUAUCCAGGAAGGACGCAGACUCGGACGGUUGCUCAACUAUAUUCGUUUAGCACGACGGAAAUGAUGGAAAAAACAGGUUUUAAUAAAGUCUUGUUCGCCGAUGCAAACACAGUUGAACCGAAAUCUCGAGAGAAGAAAGGAAAACUUGACACAAGAAGCUCACUCACUAAUUCGUCUUGGAUGACUCGUACUCUUUUUUUUUUAAAUCAGAUCAAUUUGUCUUCAAUGGAUUCGGUGUUGAUGUCCAGUGUUCCACUGACCAACGAAUCCAGUGAACCUGUCUUCGUGAUAAUGCAAUUCGAACUUCUGAAUGCAAUUUUGCCUUCUACGAACGGAAACUUGACAUACGAUUUGCGCGAUUUGAUCGGAGCUCCUGAAAAAUUACUUCCGUAUCCUUAUACCGGUGAUUUGGCGGAGGAGCAGUAUAACAAUUGCAUUAAAAAAUUAGCCGAAACAAUCAUCGAAAGUUAUCGAGACGAAAUCGAUCGAUUUACUCAAUAUUUGUACGACACCGGAACUUACGUAUCUAUUCAAACGAGCCUCAAACAAAAAAUCGUUCGACUCUUGGACCAGAAGUUUAAGAUGCAAUCAGGCACUUGGGACUCCGAAGAAUGUCAAAACGUUGUGGCAAAUGCUUAUUUGUACUUUGUCGAACAGAUGCACUUGGCUCUAAAUAGUGAAAGCGAAUAUGAAUGUGAAAAUAAUACGAAAAAUAGUACCGAUAAUGUCUGUUUUUAUGCAGAAGAAUUUUACGAGAUGGGAAACAUUGCUAGAGCCAAAAAUAUUUACCUGAGUUUAAUAGCCAAAAACCGCAGAGACCCGGAAACUUGGCUCAAGUAUGCAAUAUUUUCGAAGAAAAUAAAUGACGAGGAAAAAGCUUUAUCGUGUUGCAGAGAAGCAAUUUCUGUAGAUAGACGUCAUAAAUUCGCAUUGUUGCUUUACGGCGUUUUGCUCGCUGAAACACAAGAUUAUAAAUCAUCAGAGAUCUUUUUAAAAGCAGCGACACAGUUCUAUCCUCGUUCCGUCGAAGCGUGGGGAAUCUUGCAUCUUUUUUUUCUUCGUACAGAAUAUUUUCCAGGAGUGGAUUUAUCAAUUCGUGUAGCACAACAGUGUUUGUUGGACCAAGAUUGUGAUAGAAUUCCUUUGGAUUGUUUCGACACUGAGCCUUUAGCAUGGUCGACGAUUCACUGCUCGAAAAAUCGGAUCUACUUGAUACUGACAGUAUUUUUACUGAAAUUAAAUUUAUUUGAUUUUGCAGGAAUAGCUCUUGCCGAAGAGCUUUUACUCUCAGGAAGAUCUACUUCGUGGCUUUAUUUUAUGGCAGUUCAUCAUUACCUGUUGGGAAGAUAUGACGAUGCUUUGACACACCUCAGGGAGGCUCAACACAAUCAUGGAAUGGAUUAUUCAAUUAGUGCUUUGAUGGGUCACUGUUAUUUCAAAAAUGAAAAUUCUGAAUUGGCUAUCGAGUGUUACGAAUUUGCGAGCACACUUUUCAACAGACCCCUCGAUAUUCAUUUGGUCAAUCUCCGAUUGGCUGAUUACCUAUUACAAGCGGAGGAAUACAGUCGAGGGAAGAAGCUUUUUCUCAACGUGUGCAAAACUUCACCAACGUCGAGUAGUUGGCUAGGAUUAGGAAUUGCAUGCUACGAGUUGAACGAAUUCGAGAACGCUGAAGUUGCUUUGACCGAGGCCAACAGACGCGAUCAUAUCAAUCCAGACAUCUGGGGAUAUUUGUGCUUGUUGAAUAUUUGCCUGCAGCGUUACGACGAGUUCGCUGAAUGUUAUAGACAAGCAGUGAAGAAUGAUUUACAAAACGAGAAAUUGUGGGUUCGCAUAACAAAUGCUAUGGAGUCUUCAGAAUUGUCGUCGCCGAUGUUGCUGACGACUAAACUGACAGAAGUCGAAAAAUCAUCGGAGAAUGUUACAUCCAUCGUAGAAUAAAAACCGUGCAAAUGAUGAAUACCCGCGAAACAUUAGCGUUUCAUGUUUAAAAAAUAAAUAAUUCAUCGCUGUGAGAACAACACAAUAAUAAAUAUUGUUUUUCCGAUAGAAACUUUGUUAAAAUUGUAAACAGAUAAAAAUAAAUUAUAACAUCGCCAAUAUUACGUUA